UGACUUCGCACACAAUCACGCAAACAGCAGCAUCAGCAGAGUUUUGUUGUGUGAGCAAAGCGGCAACAGUCGAGAGCGCAUUGUUUAGUCCGAAUUCAGCUGGAAGACGAACAAGUUCAAUUGAAACACGUAUAAAGUGGCAUUCAAUUGUUGGACAAAAGUCAAUCAAUCCACUCCAAAAUUUCGAUAGCACGUACAAGAGAAGAAAAACUCAGUGAAAUUUGAACCGAGACCGCCAGAAUGACACAAAUCGACGAACUUUUUUCGCAAAUUGGGAAAUUUGUGCUGAACAGUGAUUUCACGUUUUCGCGUGCACAAACCAUUGUUAAACAGCACACCGAAAAGCUAUCACAAAGCGGUGAUAUCGGUUUUCCUACAACGAUUCAACCAUGGUUAAAUGCCAUCGAAAAUCCGGAUUUGAAUGGUUUGAAGCAAAUCAUCGGUGACAAUGAAGAGGAAUUUGCGCGGAAAUUGAUCGAAAUCAGUGCCGAGUGGUUGUUUCCCAUUCAAUCGGUGAAAUUCAAGCAAUUCCGAUGUUUGUUGUUCCUCGAUCGGCAAAAGUGCUACGAUGGCAUCUUGAAAACGGUACUUUAUGACGACGCAUCGUACGGACAGUGGCACGAUGCAAACGACGCAAAAACCAUUUACGCAGUUCAAUUGGUCAAAUCGGGUGACAACACUCUCGUUGAGCACAGAUGCACGUUGGUUUCAAAGGUUCUGGCCAAUUUGCUGCGUUUUUCCGGUUUUCAAACACAACCAAAUGGAAAGGGGUUCGCUGCACGCAAUUUGAUGGAGAUUUUGGUUACGUGCGCCAGGAGAGAUGGUGCAAAAAGAGCGAACAGGCAAGAGGACAUCGAGCUCAACAACAAUGCCAGUGUCAACGCUAAAUCGAUUUUGAUUGUUUGUGGCAGUGUGAAAAGCCGAUCCGGACUUACAGCUGACGAUUUCAUUCAACGUCGUUCAUUGGAAAUGGAGAAACUGGCUGAAUUGAAGCAUGGCUACAACAAGGAGAAUGUCAUCAUCGACAAGUGUCAGAAAUUGGGAACGGCCAUCGUUACAUUCGAUUUGCUGAAAAUCAAGCAUUUCAACGCCAUCGAUUUCGAGAAGCUGAUGACGGUAACGUCCACAGUCAAAGGAGCUGCAUUCAUCUUGUACAAUGUGGCACGGCUUCAAACACUGUUGGCAUCGUUCGAUCAUCAAGUGUCGAGAGGAUUCUAUGACCCGUUACCAGAGUUUGAGCAAAUUGACUUUGGAUUGCUGAAAGAAGAGGAAGAGUGGCAAAUGUUUUAUGUGUAUAUCGUUGGAUUUCCAACGAUGUUGGAGCGAUGCAUCAGCGGAAUUGACAACGGUCAAAUUGCCAUCCAUUUGCUGUGCACGUUUUUGAGCAAUUUGUCGGCUUUAUUCAGCGUAUAUUACCAUCGUGUCAAGAUUUUAACGGACAAUCUGCCGCAAUUGGUACCAGUGAUGUGCGCUCGCAUCUACUUGCUGAAGGCGCUUCGAACGAUUUUCCUCAAGUCGUUGGCGAUUUUAGAAAUCGAACCACUCGAUCAAAUGUAAUGAACCUCAACACACCACACCACACUACUGCCGCAUGGUCACAUCGACUGCCUCAUAGCCGCAUAGCCUCAUAAUCGACCAAUUUGAAACCACAUAAAAAUGUGCCUUAAUCAUAGUGUAACCAACCAAAUCUAAUCAUAAGUUAAACUGUUAUCAAAGAAGAAACAAGGCUGAAUUCAGUUCAAAUAAUAAGAUUUGUAAGGUGAAGCUUCAAUCUGUGAUUGAGAGAGUAGGAUAAAUGUUAAGAAAGAGCAAAUAAGUUCAUCAAUAGCUAAAAAAUGGAGACCAGAGUCUCUUAUCAGAUUAAGUUAAUUGCAAAUCGCUUGUGUUAUAGCACUGUUGCAAUAUUUUUUUUUUAUUGUUUUCCAUAAUAUAUUUUAUUUUGUUUGGUAUUUGAACUUAGCAUAUUGAAUGAACAAUCAGAUUCGCAUGUGCAAAACGGAGCUAUACGUGACAACAAUGCGGGGAAAAAAAAAGAAAACAGCAUUGUUUCCAUAGAAAUAGCAAUUUUUAUUCGAGAAA